AUGAGUGAAUCAUGUGUGGAGACGCCAGAGGCGCCAGCUUGGUUAUCGAAGCUGGAAAGCCAAAGGGAGAAGUUAAGUAAAGCGCGUCUUGGUCAUGAUAGCGGCGCCGGUGCACCUUGUAACUCAUGUGGAUCAGGUUGCCCAGGUCUGGAUUUGCAUUUUUGGCGUAAAGUUUGCCGCGCCUGUCACUGUAGUAAGGAUGUGCACGACGUGCAAGAUGAUGAUUUAUCAGGCUGGGCUCAAUUUGAGCUUCUUGGAACAGCAAAACCUAAGAAAGCUUCUAUGCCUCUCAUCAAAAUUCGAGGAGUUACAGAUAAGCCAGUUAAACUUGAUUGGGUACCACCAAAUGCAUCAACAGAAUUGGUAUCGGAAUACAUGUCAUGCUUGGGUCCACUAGCGCCUGUAUCAGGGUCGGAGGCGGCAAAGAAGCGUCGAGCGCAACUCCGCACACAACUGCCCCCGCACGAUGUGGCGCCCGCCGUGCGAACACACGCCUCUGAUCAAGAGAAAUCGGAACAUACGGAAUAUAUUUCCCGUAUAAAGGACCAUGUAGUCGGUAUGGGUAAUGUGGUUAGAGUGGCGCCACUUCAAAACGGUGAGGUCUAUUCUGUAGAAGACAGUAAAACGCAUACUGCCACAAAGUCAUACGCACUGCCAUUAAAAAUUUCGAAUAUAUCGAAAGGUGUCAAAUACAAUAUAGUGCCCAAAAAUACAUCAGAUAAGAAACUUGUGCUGGACUCGCAAGGCAACAUUGUAAGUAGUGCCGCAUACUUACCCGACUACAAAUCCAGUCCAAUACUGAGCAGAGUCGUCAAAGACAAAUUAAAUAUUAUGAAAAUAGAAUCUGACAGGAUCAAGAGUGCUGUUGAACAUGGCCCCAUAUAUGACAAGCUAUUUAAGAAUCUGAACGAUCUAAGCAUGCCAGUAACUAACGAUGUAUACUUAGAACCUAUUAAGUUAUUCCGUGACGAAUAUAACAAGAACCCUCAAUUUAAAGAAGAAGUGAAGGAAUUUGCUAACAAAGCGCUGGGAGCUCAAGUAAUGCCGGACCUGUGGUCUGUUAGUAACAAUAAUGUGAUGGGCACUGCUAAAUUGUUGGAUGGUAGAAUCCAAAAAGGCACUAUAUUUGCACCGAACGGUGAAAUAUGGAGCUGGAAACAUGAGCCGACUACACCAGAACACAGCGGCACCCUGUGCUCUACUAAGAUAAAUCCGCAGUAUUCGACGACCAUGAAACCAAUAAAUCAAGUUGAACCGCAACAAACUGCACCGUUGCGUGAAUACCGUAGAACCCACUCUGUGGAAGAUGUUCCACCACCAUUGCCUAAUUAUAGCACGCACCCAGGCCUAUCCAUACAAACUGACAACGCGCAAAUCGAUCACAUCGGCAACCCAGUUUCAAUCUCUAACGCACAACUCGAUUAUACAGGAAAUCCGGUCCAAAUUAGUAACUAUGCACAACAACUAGAUCCUAUUCUAACACAAUUUGCUGAUAUGUCUUUGAGUCCAGCAGAAAUGGAGUUCAACAGAAAGCUGUAUAACGAAGGUGUCCCGUGCCAGCGCUGUGACAAGCCAAUGUUCGCUGGUGAAGUAGCUGUUAAAGCCGAGAGGGCCGGUCAAGAAGCUAUAUGGCAUCCACAAUGCUUUACAUGCUGCAAGUGUGGAGAACUCCUAGCGGAUCUUGUCUACUUCUAUUACAAUGGAGAUAUCUAUUGUGCUAGAGAUUUGGCCAAUGUUUUGGGAAUACCGCGUUGUGCUGGAUGCGAUGAACUAAUAUUCACAAGGCCCUAUACUGCAGCAGAAGGUAGAGCGUUCCAUGUGCAACACUUCUGCUGUUAUCACUGUGAUGCUCCUCUUGGUGGGAAGAAAUAUGUUCCAGAUGAUAAAACCGGCUUACCAAUAUGUUUAACGUGUUAUGAUCAGUUUUAUGCAGAACGCUGCAAAGCAUGUGGAGGGGUGAUUGGUCCAGAACAACAAGGGGUGUCUUGGGGAAAUACGCACUGGCAUGCAGAAUGCUUUAUUUGUUCAGGCCGGAUGUGUGGGAAGAGCUUACUAAGUGGAAGAUUUGUUGUUAAACAGGAAAUGCCUUUUUGCAGCGUACCAUGCGUACAAAGUAAAAUUAAG